AUGGCACCAUCAACCCCCUCAACAACAUCCCAAUCCCGAAACGUUUCUUCUUCAUCCUCUCCUCCCUCCCCCUCCUCCUCCUCCCCACCACCACCACCACCACCACCCAAUAAAAACCCCAACAAGCCCUCCCCCGCCCCUCCCCGCCCCUCCUCCUCCAUCCUCCUGCUCUCCCCGACCAACGAAGUCCUCCUCCUGCACCGCGUGCAGACGUCGUCGUCCUUCCCUUCGGCCCACGUCUUCCCCGGCGGCAACUGCGAGGCCUUUCACGACGGGGAGCUGCCGGACGUCGGGAGCGAGGGGAGGCACGCCGACGGGCCGGCGUAUCGGUGGGCGGGGGUGAGGGAGUGUUUUGAGGAGAGCGGGAUUUUGUUGGUGAAGGAUAGUGGGAAUGGCGGGGGGGAAGGGGGAGGGAUGGUGGAAGAGGGGGUGAGGGAGAGGGCGAGGAAGGAGGUGCAUGGGGGGACGAGGAGGUUUGGGGAUGUGUUGGCCGAGUGGGGGGUAGUGGGGGAUGUUGACAACCUCAUCCCCUUCACGCGCUGGAUCACGCCCACCAACGCCCCCAAGCGCUUCACCACCCAGAUGUACCUCUACCUCAUGCCGCUAGCUCCGGAAACCCCUCCCUCCAGCCCAACCACAACAACAACAACAACAACGACACCGACGGGCGCCGCCCCCCUCCCCCUCCCCCUCCCCCUCACCCACGAAGCCGUCAUCCCCCUCCCCACGCCCGACGGCGGCGUCGAGCACACCGCCGCGCGCUUCCUCCCCGCCCACGCCUGGCUCGACCUCGCCCGCGCCGGCGACAUCAUCCUCUUCCCCCCGCAAUUCUUCCUACUCCACCUCGUCGCCCAGCACGUCUGCAGCACACCCCCAUCAUCUCCAUCUCCAUCUCCAUCUUCAUCGUCUCCAUCUCCAUCUCCAUCUCCAUCAUCACCACCUCAACCCCGCUCCCUCCUCCAACGCCAACGCGACUCCCUCCUCUCCUUCGUCCGCGAGGGGGGCUGGGGCGAGAAAUGCAUCUCCCCGGCCGUGGUCGGCGGGGGCAGGCGCAAGAGCGACGGGCGGGUCGUGCUGGCGCUGGAUAAGCCUGGGUGGGAGCUGGAAGGGAGCGGGCGGGAGGGGGUGAGGGAAUACGUCGUGUUGGUGGAUUUUAGAAGGGAGGGGCCGAGGAGGGUGGAGGUGGGGUUGAGGAGCGAGGUUUUGGCUGAGGAUAGGGAGAGGGAGAGGGAGAGGGUGGGGGAGGGGAAAUUGUGA